CCCCGAUUUCCCUUUCAUUGUUUGCUACAUGUCAACAAAGUCUCGAGUCUCAAAAAGGGACCGAGAUUCGUGGUCGAAAAUUGUGGAGGGUGCCAGGUGCAAUGUGCAAAAGGCACUAUUUGAGGAGAAUGGAUACCCGUGGAGAUAGGGUGACGGGUAGAUGGACAGCGAUACACCACCCACUCGUCCCAUCCCAUUCGUCCCGCUCAUACAAACAGUCGCUUCGUAACGUAUUUUGAUCUCUAUUUCAUCUUAUUUUCCAAAUCCAAGUUACCUACCUAUUGCUCUAGCCCCUGUCCUACGUCAUACCCAAUCGCUUACAGCAAACGGUUCUAGAUCCGCUAGUUUAGACGGGCGGUCUCAUUUCUGCCAUUCCUGACCACUCGAGGUCCCGACCUUGCAGUGACUAUCUGCCUUCCGAGCCUAUGGUAGGUCUUGUGUGUACCACACUACUGAACCACCUUGCCUCAGCUGCGAGCCAGCACUGCACAUAGCACCGCAUACAUAAUACCAUAGGAACGGAAAGAACUGAAAGAUACCUCUAACCUAACCUAACCUUUACACUGCACUGCACAUUCACUUGCAUUGCACUGCGCCGUACCUUACCUGAACUUUACCGUAUCGACGACCAUUCAUUCUUGUCGUGCUCCGAACUUGCAUUGAACGCUCCCCGUCUCCCCGUCGUCUGGCUCCCUCUCCGCGCCGACCCCUCCCCCGCCGUGCGCAAAUAUCCGAACACCAACGCCGACCAUCUGCGCAUGCCGCGUUGGAUGAUGAGAACCCGACAGCGGGAAUGAAGGUUUCCCAUGUGCUCGCAGAGCUCCAAGCCGGCAUGGACGAAUCGCAGAACCAGCGGGACAAGCGCGUCGAGGAAUUGUGGACGAAGCUGGAUCCCCAGCGCCACGGAGAGCUCGACUUCAAGGGGCUGCAAAAGGGGUUGAGAAGGAUCGAUCACCCCAUGCAAAAUGCCGACCACAUGCUCAAGGAUAUCAUCAAGGUCGUGGACACCAGCGGCGACGGCAAGAUCCAAUACGAAGAGUUCCGCAACUUCGUCGAGACCGCCGAGCGCCAACUGUGGCUGCUCUUCCGUUCCAUCGAUCGCGACAAGGAUGGCCGGCUCGAUAAGAACGAGCUGCGCAGCGCUUUCCAAAAGGCCGGCUUGACCGUAUCCAACAAGAGGCUGUCGGGCUUCUUCGACGAGGUCGACAUGGACCACGAUGGCUACAUCAGCUUCGACGAAUGGCGGGACUUUCUCCUGUUUAUGCCCACCACGCACAACCACGAACACGGCCACCACGCUUCUGCACUUGAAGCCGCCCUGUCGUUUUACUCCUCCAUAGUGACUGUCAAUGCAGAGGGCGACUCCCUCGUCAGCGAAGAGACACUUGAGGGUCUAGGUACGACUGGCUUCCUUCUCAACGCUCUUUUUGGUUCUCUCUUGAAGAUUGCCAGCCCGGGCGCUACUACUACUCCUACUUCUCAGUCGCCCGCACCAGACUCAAAAUCACCACUCUCCUCACCCUCAUCUCACUAUCCCGACGGCACCGCCGAGCCUGGUGCUGGGGCAAACAUGGCACCGUCCAAACUGGCACCCGUCGGUACCGCCACCCCUGAGCAAGUGUCAGCAGACAGGGCGGCCCAUGGCCAAGUUAUCAAGGAGAUGGAGGGCGAGGGGCAACACGACCUCCGCCAAGAAUCCGAUACCAGUCUAAAGGAUGAGGAGGUCGUGAAAAGCGGACUGACAGGAUUACUACCCGACGCAGGUUACUUCCUCGCCGGUGCCGUCUCAGGUGGAGUGUCGCGCACUGCUACUGCGCCACUCGACCGUCUCAAAGUCUUCCUCCUCGUCAACACGAAACCAAAGUCCACCACCACAGUCGAGGCUGUCAAAAGUGGCCAGCCUCUCAGCGCUCUGCGUAAUGCAGGUGGCCCCAUUUACGACGCCAUCAGGACGCUAUGGCGGGCCGGUGGAAUUAAGACCUUCUUUGCAGGAAACGGGCUGAACGUCGUCAAGAUUAUGCCAGAAUCGGCCAUUCGGUUCGGCUCUUAUGAAGCCUCAAAACGGUUUCUUGCGGCCUACGAGGGCCACAACGAUCCGUCACAAAUCAGUACUGUGUCCAAAUUUGUCGCUGGCGGCAUGGGCGGUAUGACGGCCCAGUUUUGCGUUUAUCCCAUCGAUACUCUCAAGUUCCGGUUGCAGUGCGAGACCGUCGAAGGAGGCCCCAAGGGUCAUGCCCUCCUCAUUCGUACAGCCAAGAAUAUGUGGGCGGACGGCGGUCUCCGUGCAGCAUAUCGAGGUCUCGGCCUCGGCCUCAUCGGCAUGUUCCCUUAUAGUGCCAUCGACAUCGGCACUUUCGAGUUUCUCAAAAAGUCGUACAAGCGCGCCAAAGCUAAGUACUACGGCGUGCACGAAGACGAUGCGGCGCCAGGAAACGUUGCUUUGGGCGUUCUCGGAGCAUCAUCGGGAGCAUUAGGUGCCACAGUGGUAUAUCCGCUCAACGUCCUUCGAACAAGGCUCCAAACCCAGGGAACAGCGAUGCAUCCACCUACAUACACCGGUUUCGUGGAUGUGGCAACGAAAACAGUCCGUAACGAGGGCAUUCGUGGUCUUUACAAGGGCUUGACCCCUAAUCUGCUCAAAGUAGCACCGGCUCUUAGUAUUACCUGGGUCUGCUAUGAGAACAUGAAGACGAUUCUCGACUUGCACUAAAUGGACAUUCUGGGGAUAGGGUUGGCACCCUAUUAUUGAACACCGUUGAGCGGUCACCAUCUCUCAACCGCGAUGCCAAUCAUAGCAGUGUGGCAGCUGCUCAGUAAUGCUCCCAGCAGGCGCUAAUGGGGGACUCGCAACAUUGAUAUAAAUAUGUUUUGGCUUACAAUCCAAGCCACAGCUCGCUCUCUUCACGCUUGUGGAUCUACAACCUGGCUCCUAAAUGGCGUUUACUGGAGCUUAGCAGAGGUCAUACCCGGCCGGGAUUCAGACCAUACUCACGAAGAUGGGUACACGCAGCGUGGCGGCUGCUCAGCCUGAGAGCGUUGCGUUCCAAGACGGGGAGACGGAGAGGCGGAAAUACGAAGAGCUUGGACAUACCAGGUCAUAGAUGUCCUAGAUAAGAUGGAUGGCGCCACAAGAUGUGGAGGAAGAAGACGCGUUACACCUAGCAAUUGGUUGAUUUUUAUUGCUUUUUGUCGUUGAGAGGUUGGCUACCUUACCAACAUAUAGCCCUGGCGUUUGGCAUAAGAGGACGAAGAUACCAUUAGACUCAAAGGGGUUAAUGUCAUUUCAAGUGAAACGAAGGCGAACCCUAAAAACAUAUUAAAAGCAAAGCAUGGCGUUGGCGAUGGUGUCGAAGGGUUGUAGGCUUGGAUAGGAACGAAAUGGGAUGGAAUAGGAUAAGACGGAGGCAGGGACAAAAAAAAAAGAAGAAGAAGAAGAAGAAGAAGUGGAGGAACUGGUCUGGUGGUCCGGAUGCUGUAGCAGCAUGGGAACAAAAGUCGACAUCAUGUAAAUUAUUUAUAUACGGCUCAUCUUUGACGGUCGUAUAUCGUCACUUGAUUAUUUUUGAAAAAUGAGUUAACAUUUGUAGGUAAUUCAGCGAGGAGAGCUCAUUCAGCC